UUAGGAAACUUGGGGCGAAGAAAGUGUAAGAACCGAGGCGUGUAGGAAGGCCGGCGGCAGAGGCUCUGUCAGAGCGGCUGGCCGGCGCCGCCCCGCCCCACCCAGCAGACGGGUUGGCGAGUUCCGGGCGGCGAGUCCCCGCGCCUUCCCCUCCUCCAGCCGCCCAAGCUGCUCCAGCUGCGCGGGGAGCCCCGAAGCCGCCGCCGCAGAGUGUGUGCCAGCGCCCCAGGCCCACAGAUGCUCCCUGCUGAGAAACCUCUGACCUUUGGAACAAGGACUACUGUCUACAGACAAGAGAGAAAACCUGGAACUUCCUUUGUGAAUGUCAUCUCUCAUUUUCUGGAAACGCACAGGGACUUGAUUCCGCUGCUCGCAUUUGUCCUGCAGGUUCUUCACUGUGAUCUAGUGACACGGUAGAUCUCAGGCUGGCCCAGCAUGUGUGUCCCUCCUGGUGUGUGAAGAGGACUCCUGAACAGAUAUGUUUCUGAAUGGCUGCGAGGUUGGCAUUCAGCACAGAGCACACUGGAGAGGCGUGAGACGGCUCAGGAGAUAAAGCCCCUCUGCCUGCCUGUCAGAAAUCAGCAUGUCACUGAAAAACGAGCCCAGGGUAAACACUUCAGCGCUGCAGAAAAUUGCCGCAGACAUGAGCAACCUGAUAGAAAACCUUGACACGCGGGAACUCCACUUUGAGGGAGAGGAGGUGGAUUUUGAUGCCUCUCCUGGAGACCCCAAGACUCAGGAAGAGUACAUCCCAUUCUCUUCGAUUUACAACACGCAAGGAUUUAAGGAGCCCAACAUCCAGACCUACCUCUCCGGCUGUCCCGUAAAAGCCCAAGUCCUGGAAGUGGAGCGCUUCACAUCGAGCAGCAGGAUGCCAAGUAUCAAUCUGUACACUAUUGAGUUAACACACGGGGAAUUCACAUGGCAAGUUAAGAGGAAAUUCAAGCACUUCCAAGAGUUUCAUAGAGAGCUGCUCAAGUACAAAGCCUUCAUCCGAAUCCCCAUUCCCACCAAAAGACAUACUUUCAGAAGACAGAAUGUCAAAGAAGAGCCCCGAGAGAUGCCCAGUCUGCCCCGUUCAUCAGAAAACGCAAUCCAGGAAGAACAGUUCUUCGGCAGGAGGAAGCAACUGGAAGAUUACUUGACAAAAAUACUAAAGAUGCCCAUGUACAGAAACUACCAUGCCACGACAGAGUUCCUUGAUGUCAGCCAGCUGUCUUUCAUCCAUGAUUUGGGACCAAAGGGCCUGGAGGGGAUGAUCAUGAAAAGGUCCGGGGGACACAGGAUACCAGGUCUGAAUUGCUGUGGCCAGGGAAGAGCCUGCUACCGCUGGUCAAAAAGGUGGUUAAUAGUGAAGGAUUCUUUUCUGCUGUACAUGAAGCCAGACAGUGGGGCCAUCGCCUUUGUCCUCCUUGUAGACAAAGAAUUCAGAAUAAAAGUGGGAAGAAAAGAAACAGAGACGAAAUACGGACUCCGAAUUGAUAAUCUUUCAAGGACACUGAUUUUGAAGUGUAACAGCUACCGGCACGCUCGGUGGUGGGGAGGAGCCAUAGAAGAGUUCAUUCAGAAGCAUGGCACGGACUUCCUCAAAGACCACCGCUUUGGUUCCUAUGCCGCUGUCCACGAUAACACUUUAGCCAAAUGGUAUGUGAACGCCAAAGGUUACUUUGAAGAUAUUGCAAAUGCAAUGGAAGAGGCAACGGAGGAGAUUUUCAUCACGGAUUGGUGGUUAAGCCCGGAAAUCUUUUUGAAACGCCCAGUGGUGGAGGGCAACCGCUGGAGGCUGGACUACAUCCUCAGGCGGAAAGCACAACAAGGCGUUCGGAUUUUCAUCAUGCUAUACAAGGAGGUGGAGCUAGCCCUCGGAAUCAACAGUGAAUACAGCAAGCGGACUUUGAUGCGGCUGCACCCCAACAUAAAGGUGAUGAGGCACCCAGACCACGUGUCCUCCAGUGUCUAUCUGUGGGCUCAUCAUGAGAAGCUCGUCAUUAUUGACCAAUCACUGGCUUUUGUGGGUGGGAUUGACCUAGCCUAUGGACGGUGGGAUGACAAUGAGCACAGACUCACCGACGUGGGCAGUGUGAAGCGGGUCACCUCAGGACUGUCCAUGGGCUCUCUCACAGCAGCAACAAUAGAAUCAAUGGAAUCUUUAAACCUCAAGAGUAACCAGGAAGCUCAUAAAAACGAGCCCAUCCUGAAGAGUGCGGAUGAAACAGACGGCAAGCUGAAAGGAAUAGGGAAGUCCCGGAAGUUCUCCAAAUUUAGUCUCUACCGACAGCUGCACCGUCGCCACCUGCACAACUCGGACAGCGUCAGCAGCAUCGACAGCGCCUCCAACACUGGCUCCAUCCGAAGCGUGCAGACAGGCGUGGGAGAGCUACAUGGGGAGACCAGGUUUUGGCACGGGAAGGAUUACUGCAACUUUGUCUUCAAGGACUGGGUUCAGCUGGACAAGCCUUUUGCUGAUUUCAUCGACAGGUACUCCACCCCCCGGAUGCCUUGGCACGAUAUUGGUUCUGUGGUCCAUGGGAAGGCAGCUCGCGAUGUAGCUCGUCACUUCAUCCAGCGCUGGAACUUCACCAAGAUUAUGAAGCCAAAAUACCGCUCCCUUUCUUACCCUUUCCUGCUCCCCAAGUCUCACACUACUGCGCAUGAGCUGAGGUACCAGGUGCCUGGGACAGUCCCCGCCAAAGUGCAGUUGCUCCGAUCGGCGGCUGAUUGGUCUGCUGGGAUAAAGCACCAUGAGGAGUCCAUCCACACUGCCUACACCUACGUAAUCGAGAACAGCAAACACUACAUCUACAUUGAAAACCAAUUUUUCAUAAGCUGCGCCGAUGAUAAAGUCGUGUUCAACAAGGUGGGCGAUGCUAUUGCCCAGAGAAUCCUGAAAGCCCACAGGGAAGGCCAGAGAUACCGGGUGUACAUCGUGAUACCGCUGCUGCCGGGAUUCGAAGGGGACAUAUCCACAGGCGGAGGGAACGCGCUACAGGCGAUAAUGCACUUCAACUACAGAACCAUGUGCAGAGGCGAGAACUCCAUCCUCGGACAGUUGAAGCCAGAGCUUGGUAAUCAGUGGAUAAACUACAUAUCGUUUUGUGGCCUGAGAACACACGCAGAGCUGGAGGGGAACCUGGUCACCGAGCUCAUCUAUGUCCACAGCAAGCUGCUCAUUGCUGAUGACAACACGGUUAUUAUUGGUUCUGCCAACAUCAAUGACCGGAGCAUGCUGGGGAAGCGAGACAGUGAGAUGGCUGUCAUAGUGGAGGACACAGAGACGGUCCCCUCAGUCAUGGAUGGGAAAGAAUACCAAGCUGGCUGCUUCGCCCGGGGACUUCGGUUGCAGUGCUUCAGGCUUGUCCUUGGCUAUCUUUCUGAUCCAAGUGAGGACCUUCAGGAUCCUGUAAGUGACAAAUUCUUCAAGGAGAUUUGGGUUUCGACAGCAGCUCGGAAUGCUACCAUUUAUGACAAGGUGUUCCGUUGCCUCCCAAAUGACGAAGUGCACAACCUAAUGCAGCUGAGAGACUUCAUAAGCAAGCCCAUAUUGGCAAAAGAUGACCCCAUUCGUGCUGAGGAAGAACUGAGAAAGAUCCGAGGCUUCUUGGUGCAGUUCCCAUUUUAUUUCUUAUCUGAGGAAAACUUGCUGCCUUCUGUCGGAACCAAAGAAGCCAUUGUGCCCAUGGAGGUUUGGACUUAAGACAGACUUCUUUGCAACCCAAGGACUUCCAGUGUGGAGAAUGCAUUGCAUAUGGUGACCUCCCAAGGGCCUCACAGCCAAAGUCAGGCCUGAUGCACUCCUGGGACCAACCCACUGGACUUUCUGGAGAGGCUGAGCGGGACAAUGGUCACGUUGGUGGAAGGACACUCGGCAUAAGCAAGCCUUCAUUAUUCCUCCUUUCUGUCCUUGAGGAAAGUGCUUAUGUUCUUGUUGGUGGUGUUGUUCAAACAAUACCAAAUACAGAUAUCAGAACCCAUCUCUUUUGCUAAUGAGAACCUGCCUGUAACUGGGAUGCAAGUUGUCAAAAGUUACCUGAUUCUCUUGUUCUCCUCGGAUGCUCAUCUAUGCAGCUGGGGCCCACCAGACAUGCCCUCAGCUUGUCCAUACAGCCCUGUUUAAGAGAUUGUUUAUCAGGGAGAAGUGUGGAGAGUCACUUCAGAGUCCUCAAGAUUCCAGAUGAGGCUGUAUCCUUCUGGUUCUGAUGUGAGGGUAUAACUAAGCCAAGAAGUUGCUUUUUGUUCCUUUUCAGUCACUGUUAAGACAAAACAGGUUUUGCCUAGGUACCAGCAUUAGGCACUUCUGAGGAGAGCAACGGUGCAUCUUGACAACAGGAAGGCAUUAAAUUCCAAUGCUGAACAAGAAGUUUCCCUUGGUUUCCAAAGAUACUGCCAAGUUGUAUCCUUAUCGUUGAGCCUAUCUGAUAAAAUCUGUAAACACGUGCAGGGUAUGCCAAAACAUAGCAACCAGAUAAACACAGAGAGAGUCUCCAAGGCGUCAGUGGGAAUCCAGUUCAGAUAAAGGACAAGCUUCUCCGUUUAUAGAAUCCCUGUUCUACUUAGCCACUGGAUUGACCAAAAAGCUGGAUUUCUCCAUAAGCAACCCAGUGGAUGAAAUUAGCCUUCCAGAAGAAUCAGAGGCGUCAUAAUGCCUUCCAGCUAAGAAGCAGGAGACUAGCCUUAUUUACCCUUCCAUUUUGCCAUUAUGACUUCUUUAGGGGAAAAGUGCUAGGUUAUAAAAAUGAGUGACUUUGCUUACACUGAGAACUGAUACAGUAACAUUCCAACACGACUUGCACAGAAGUUGCAGUAGUCAUUCACAUUGUCCCCGUGUGAAAUCUGGAUACCCACUUCCCCUUUCAGAGGGUAUGGUGUCCUUUAGAGACCAAAUUUUAGAGUUCCUUUCACGUCCUAGGAGCAUCUAUGGAUUCCUGGAAGCCUAGGGUCCUUUGGGGGUCCUCUUCAAAGCAACUCCUGACACAUGUUUUGAUGAACGAAUAUGCUGGUUUGAAAGAUGACACAGGACCACAAAGCCAGUUCUAUGGGUUAGUAACGGAGUGACACUCACGGGAGGAUGGGAAUAUUCCACAAAUGAGGUGGGAUUCGUAAUCAACAUUGAAAAUGAAUAUGUUUUUAUGAAUAAAUAAAUUCUUAUAUGGCCAAGGAUGGUGACUAUACAGAUAAAGAUAAGAUUACUUUUAAAAUA